AUGGCACCCAUCACCCUACAAUCCCGACAAUCAACAACCUCCACGUCCGACACAUGCCCCAGCAGCCUCUCCGGCGGCGCAAUUGCCGGCAUCGUCAUCGGCAGCAUCGCCGGCACAUUGCUCAUCAUCUGGCUCAUCAGAUCCUGCUUCCUGCCGGGGGCGCCAGGUAACCGCGACCCUGAAGGUACCGGUAGUGCGCCUGUGGUGUACUCGUCAACACGGCCAAGACGUCAGCGACGAUCGAGAAACUAUAGGGAUGGCCCGGAUUAUGUGGAGUAUAUUGAGAAGUCGCCUGUGCGGCCUGAUGGACUGGGGGGCCCUUUCCCUGACCUUCACUAUGUAGUUUUACUCUCCGUCUUCUCCCUAUGGUCCACCGCCAACGAGACCAGUCCUGUUCGGGAGAAAGCGUUAUCUGCUGUGGCUGCAGAGGAGAACACCCCGUUCCUGCCGCCGCCUCGUUCAGUCUCAUGCAGUAAUCAAUCUCUUUCCACUCUCUUCUCCUCUCACGACACUACUGUUUGA